CACAGCCAAGAUGGCGGCGGCCGCGCGCGCGCUGCGGGUCCUCCCCCGCGCCCUCCGUGUCCCCAGCGCCACCCGGCAGCUCCACAGCAGCCCCGUGUGCCUCAAGGCACGGGCAGCGCGGGUGCGCGCGGGCAGGGGGGACAAGGCGGUGACGUACGAGCAGGCGCACGCACCCCAUCACAUCGGGCACCGCAAGGGCUGGCUGUCCCUGCACACCGGGAACCUGUGUGGCGAGGCGGGCGCGGCGCAGCGGGCGAUCGAGGACGCGUUCCUGCGGCGGUUCCUGGCCGGGACCUUCCCGGGGCUCCUGGCGGAUGAGCUGGUGCUGAAGCGCCGCGGGAACCUGCUGGUGGUGUGUGCCCUGCUGGGCCGGGCACUGCCACCCCACAAGCUCUACUUCCUGCUGGGCUACGCCGAGACCCUCCUGGGCAACUUCUACAAGUGCCCCGUGCGCCUGGAGCUGCAGACCGUGCCCACCCGCGUGCCCUACAAGUACCUCUAGGGCCGGGAAUAAACCUAUAAACAUCCCACAGGGAAUAUCCUAUAAACGACCCUAAAGGAAUGCCCUGGGGUAUCCUCAGUGUGCCCUACAAGUGUCUAUAGGGCUGGGAAUAAACCUAAAAAUGGCCCUAAAGGAAUGUCCUAGAGAUGGCCCUAAAGGAAUGCUCUGGGGUAUCCUCGUGGCAACCCUACAGUGAAUAAACUCCAAGAUCUGCUCUGAACAGACCCUACAACAAAAACCGAGCGAGACCCUCUCGAGGGGAACACUGCCACAAGCAGCAGGAGCUCUCUGGGGAGACCCUGCAAUGCCAAACCAGGAGCAUGAACUUUGGGGAGACCCUAUAAUAAUGAAUAAAUAAAUACCAGGAUCUGUCCUGGGGUGACCCCACAAAAAUUAAGAAUCCAGAAUUUGAUACGGAGAUACUCCACAAUAACAAACCAGCAGGAUGAACUCUUGAGGAGACCCUACAAUAAAUAAACACCAGGAUGUGUUCUGGGGAGACCCUACAACGAA